AUGCAUGGGAGGCAAGGAGAACCAGAGGAGGCUCACGGAGGAGCAGAAGAAAAAAGAACCAAUGCGAGAAGAGAGAGUGUGCCAGCUGAUUUAGAAGCUGAGGAGACAAAAGGGUUUACAGAUCUAGGUUUUGUUUUCACAGAAGAAGACUUGAACUCGGAGUUGCCAGAGAUUCUUCCCGGAUUGCGGACAUUUCUCCACGGGGAAGAAGAGAGUAAGACAGAGUGGUCGGUGCCGAGACCAUAUUUGUCGGAGGCAUGGGACUUUUACAGUGAUAAAUGGAGUGGGAGAACAGAGAAAGAAUCAGUGGUUAUCGAUUUAAGAAUUGCUGCUUUAUGUGGUGAGACGAACAUGAAGGAUAGUCUUAAAUGGUGGGCACGUUCUGUAGCAUCUAAUCUCAAAUGA